CCACCCCUUCCCAGAAUGACCGGUCCCUCCCGUCCCACAUCCAGGUACAAUGACUUCCUGCACGACCCCCUGUCACUGUGCAAGGCCUGCAGGCCGCAGCCCAAUGGGGAGAACGCCAUCUCGGCACGCUCCGACCUCAACCCGGCCAACGGCUCCUACCCGUUCCAGGCGCUGCAGCAGCGCUCCCACGGGGGCAUCGAUGCCAAGGUGACCAGCAUGGCCCUGGCCAAGGCCUUGCGCCUGGUGGCAGUCAGUGGCCCCACGUGGGACCAGGUGCCCCCUUUCCAGUGGAGCACCUCGCCCUUCAGUGGCCUGCUGCACAUGGGCCAGCCCGACCUCUGGAAGUUCUCGCCCGUCAAGGUCUCCUGGGACUGAGGCCGCCUCUGUCGCCGCCAUGACCUCCGGCCCGUCCCAUCCAUGGCCUUUGCCCCCUGUUGUGCCCAGAGCAGAACCCGGGCCUGCCAGGUUCAUGCUCAUCUGGGCACCUCCUCCUGGGUGGGGCUUGGGACUGACUCCCUCUCAGGAGUGGGUGAGUGCCAUUCUGUCUCCUCCGCCUCUGCCUCUGUCUCCUUCUUUUCCCUGUUCUCUCUCUGGUCUCUCUGCUUCUCCCUGGCCCCCUCGUGCUGCCCCUGCGGAGGGAUCAGGUCUUGGGGGCCCCAUGGGUUUGAGCCCAAGGCCUGGGUGUUCCCUGUGGCUGGCGCCGAUCCCCGCCCC